CGCUGUUCCUAGCGUGCUUAUGGGGCUCGCGCGUGCGCAUUCUCUAAGGGGAAGCGUCCCUCUGCGCACGCGCCGUUUUGACUUUUUGGCACCCCUCCCUCCUCUUCCCCCGACUGAGCCGCCCCUGCAUUGGCUGGCUUCCUUUGGCCGAGGGACAAAAUGGCCGCUACACCUGAGCGGCCAUCUUCCCCCUCCUCUGCCUCCGGCCCCGCGAGGAGCGAGGGGCCCCGGCUGCUGCCCACCCUCAGCCGCGGCGCCGUGGCCCUCUGCCUCCUCUACUACGCGCGCCUGCAGCGGGGCCGCCGCCUGCGCGAGGCUGCCCGCCACCGCCGCGCCGCCCGCCACCACCGGGCGCAGGCUCGCUCGCGCCAGCGCUUUGCUCUGCUGUGGCUCCGCCGGGUCCUGGCGCGGGCGCCCAGCGUAGCGGGCCUUUGCCAGGCGGGCGGCGGCGGCAGCCUGCCACAGUUGCUGCGGGAACGGCGCCUGUGGAGCAAGGCCCGCAGCUCAGCCUUCUGGGAAAUCGUGCGGGCCAAAGCCUUCAGCCAGUGGGAGUGGGUCGAGAACUUCCGUGUGUCGCCCAGCACUUUCGAUUACCUCUGCGCCCAGGUGCGCAAUGCCAUUCAGCGCCGGGACACCAACAUGCGCCGUGCCAUACCGGCUGACGUGCGCCUCGCCAUGACGCUGUGGCGCCUGGGCGCCUGCACCGAAUACCGGGCGGUGGAGCAGCUCUUUGGUGUCUCGCGCUCCACGGUCUGCAAGAUCCUGCGUGAUGUGUGUGAAGCCGUGGUGGGCAUCCUCACCCCGCUCUAUGUGCGCCCUCCGGACCCAGUGGAAGUAGCAGCUGGGAAUGGCUUUCCCUUGCCCCAGUUGGCUGGCGUCUUGGGGUCCCUCCACAUCCCCAUCCGCGCACCCAACGAAAAUGCCGCAGGCUACUACAACCGCCAUGGCUGGCAUUCGGUGGUGGUCCAAGCUGCUGUUGAUUCCCGCGGUUGUUUCUGGGAUAUCAACGUUGGCUGCCCUGGAAGGGUGACAGACACGCAGGUGCUUUGCACGUCAGAACUUUAUCAACGAGCUCAAGAGGGCGAACUCUUUCCAGAGGGGUCCCAAGCUGUCAGUGGGGUCCAGGUGCCCAUUUAUUUGCUGGGUGGCUACUCCUACCCUUUCCUCCCAUGGCUCAUGAGGCCCUAUCAGGACCAGGAUCUAACGCCAGCCCAGCAGCGCUUCAACGAGUAUGCAGCUGCUGCUCGAACGGUGGUGGGGGUCGCCUUUGGGCGGCUGCGAGGACGCUGGCGCUGCCUAACCAAGCGCAACGACACCGAUGUUGCCUUCCUGCCCACCCUCAUUGCUGCCUGCUGUACCCUCCACAAUGUCUGUGAGGCACGGGGAGAUGUCUUCCAGUCAUGCUGGAUGGAACAUGAUGACGAACAGCAAGAGGAACACCCAUUUCAUGAUGGCGAGGAGGAAGACACGGAGGCUAUGGAAAUUCGUGAUGCGCUGGCGUCAGCGCUGAGGGGUUGAAGGGAAAAACAGGAUGCACAGCCUGUAAAACAGUAUCCUAAAUUGGACCAGCUCAGGUUGGUGCAGGAAUAUGCAGGCUAUCAAGUUAUAUAGAACUCUUCAUCAGACAGGUCAGCCUUUGCCUAUGCUGGCUGGGGACUGAUGGGAGUUAUCGUCCAAACAGUUGGCGAGCACCAGGUUGACAGAGACUGAGGGAGAUGAAUACUGUGCGUUGAGAAGACCUGCAUUCUCCACCACCAGCCUCCUUUGAUAAGUUAAUAGCUGUUUUUACACCAGUUUUGCACUUCCAAUCUUUAGCCAGCAGUACUGUCUACUGAACACUCUUCCCACACACACAUACCGGACAAAAAUGGAGGAUUGGGUUUGGGAGUAGGAGAAAAGUAAGAUAACUUGGGGGUGGGGGGAAAGGGCCCAAUAAUGUGGUUAUUAGAUUGGAAAUGAAGGUGGAUUUGGAGCCUGCAAAGAAAAAGGGGCAGGGCAGGGGAAAGAGAGACCAGUCUUUAAUAAAAUCUUUCUAGAUGUUUCCUGUGUUGGAUUAAGAACUGCUACAUCUGUAUUUUUCAGAGCCUAUUACCCAUAGGUCAGUUUGAACUGUUUACAGCAUUGGCUUCAGCUGCUGGACACAGGAAGCAUCUGUGUGCAUGGAGAGGAGUCCAGGCACAUCCAGGAUUAGAAGAAUUGGGUUAGUAAAAAGGGUACGCUGGCACGCUCAACCAUAGUGCUUACUAUCUAGUGAAAAGUUCAGCAACUGGCUUUCCUUUUUUUAAAACAAAGGGAAGCAAGUUCCAAGUCCUUAUGGCACAGAUGGGGAAGUCUUUUCAGCCUGAGGGCCACAACCUCUCAUGGGCAAACUUCUGAGGCCCACAUGUUAGCGGUGGGCAGAGUCAGAUGGAAACAUGGGCAGAGCAACAGAUACGACUCUUACUUAACUGUUCUACAGUAGGCUGCAAAGCCAGAGGUUUCUCUACACACACAAUCUCUCCACCCCAGCAAGCAAGAGGCAUUGUAACUGCUCAAGGAUGUGUCCCAGCCAGGCCCAAGCACUCACGAAGGGCCUGGAGCUGGGCCUGUGAGGGGUGGGGCCUGGGGAAGUCGCAAAGGCAGAUGGAGAGGGCUGGAGGGCACCAAUCAACCAGUGUUUCCCUCCACAUGCCUUGGGACUUUGAAGACAACCUUGGAAACGUGGGGAAGACCUGAGCAAAUAUCAGAAGCCGUGGAAGCAAGACAGGAGGUUUUAUCCUGUGAGGUUUCAGUAGACCUGGUUGCCUUCCCCUCCUGCCUCGAUACUAUAUUUUAAUGUUUAGAACUGCUCCUUUCUAGUCAUUCUCGAGUCAAUGUACAAAGGGAGCAUAAAAACACCACUCCCUGAAACAAUUCCAACUGAUUUAUUCGAUCUAUUUAGUUGGGGGCGAUAGGGUGCCCCAUCUCAAGAGCUCAGGAUGAAAGCAACUUGCAUACGAAGUGGAGGGGGUGACACAAGUCCCCUAAAGGACUCACAAAGCAGAACAAAUGGAAUGGCUCAAGGAACAAACUGGGAGGGCACAAGAAAACUGCAACAUUUUGGAAGAUUUACAGUAUAUGCCCCAGUUCUUCAUAUGAGUGGCAGGGUGGAGUGGGCAGUCUCAGAUUCAGAUGAUACUUUGCAUGGUCAACACAAAAACUCUCCAAACAGUGGAUCUUACACUCAUUUACUCAGAAGUACCUGUACACUAAUGCUAGGAGCCUCCGAACCAAGAUGGGAGAACUGGAGUGCUUGGUCUUAGAGAAGAGCAUUGAUAUAGUGAGCAUAACCGAGACCUGGUGGAAUGGAGAAAACCAGUGGGAUACGGUUAUCCCUGGAUAUAAACUAUAUCGGAAGGACAGGGAAGGACGUAUUGGUGGUGGAGUUGCUCUAUACGUGAAAGAAGGCAUUGAAUCCAGCAAGCUCGAAACCCCAAAAGAGGCAGACUCCCACAGAAUCGUUGUGGGUGGUGAUACCGUGCCCCAGGAGGGACUUAAAAAGGCAAAAAGUCUUCCUUCAGAAAAUGGAAGUCUUGUCCAAAUGAAGAAAAUAAAAAAGAACACAAACUCUGGCAAAAGAAAUGCAAGAAGACAAUAAGGGAUGCUAAAAAAGAAUUUGAGGAGCACAUUGCUAAGAACAUAAAAACCAACAACAAAAAAUUCUAUAAAUACAUUCAAAGCAGGAGACCAUCUAGGGAGACAAUUGGACCCUUGGAUGAUAAGGGAGUCAAAGGUGUACUAAAGAACGAUGAGAUUGCAGAGAAGCUAAAUGAAUUCUUUGCAUCUGUCUUCACAGUGGAAGAUAUAGGGCAGAUCCCUGAACCUGAACUAACAUUUGCAGGAAGGGAUUCUGAGGAACUAAGACAAAUAGUGGUAACGAGAGAGGAAGUUCUGUACUUUUCAUUAAUGACCUAGAAUUAGGAGUGAGCAGUGAGGUGGCCAAGUUUGCUGAUGACACUAAAUUGUUCAGGGUUGUUAAAACAAAAAGGGAUUGCCAAGAGCUCCAAAAAGAACUCUCCAAACUGAGUGAAUGGGCGGAAAAAUGGCAAAUGCAAUUCAAUAUAAACAAGUGUAAAAUUAUGCAUAUUGGAGCAAAAAAUCUGAAUUUCACAUAUACGCUCAUGGGGUCUGAACUGGCGGUGACCGACCAGGAGAGAGACCUCGGGGUUGUAGUGGACAGCGCGAUGAAAAUGUCAACCCAGUGUGCGGCAGCUGUGAAAAAGGCAAAUUCCAUGCUAGGGAUAAUUAGGAAAGGUAUUGAAAAUAAAACAGCCGAUAUCAUAA